AUGGCUAAACUUCCCAAGUUCGCAAAAGAUGUAAUGAGCAAUAGAAAGGAGUUGGAAAAGGCCUCGAUAAUAGUUCUAAAUGAGUUGUGCUCAACUAUAAUUAUCAAGGGAUUACCAAUCAAGAUGGGAGAUCUAGGACAACUCACAUUGCCUUGUGAAUUUGGAAACAUGACUUCUAUUAAUGCUCUAGCCGACUUGGGGGCUAGCAUUAAUCUCAUGCCAUACUCUUUCUAUCAAAAGCUCAAAUUACCAAAGUUCCAAGAUACAAGAAUGACCAUUCGAAUGUCGGAUCACUCGACCACAUACCCACAAGGUAUAAUCGAAGACUUACUUGUUAAAGUGGGAAAAUUUGUUUUUCUGGUCGACUGUGUGGUUCUAGACACAAAGGAGGAUGAAUACCUUCCCAUUGUUUUGGGAAGACCAUUUUUGAGUACCGCAAGAGUAUUUGUAGACAUUCAUGACUCGAAGAUCACACUUUGUGUGGAUGAUGAUGCUAUUACCUUUGAGAUGAGUCAUAGAGGGAAUCAUGAAGAGCCUAAAGAUGAAGUGUCAAAGAUGGAUUCCAUGGAAGUAGAUUGUGAUGAGCUAGUUGCAAUUAAGAUGAUGAUGGAAAAACUUAAGGUUUAG